UGUUCCUCUCUAAGAGGGUGCGGUGCUUUGGGGUUCUGUUUGUGCUGUCUUGUGGGAUGAGGCAGGGCCGGAACGUUCUCAUCACCGCUGGGACAAGUUUGGUGGUUCUCAAGAACGUCCAGAACACGCUGGAGAACAUCACAGGGCUCAGUAGGAGUAUGGUGUGCAACCUGCAGGCCAAGAGGGUGUCCAUCGACACCACGCCGCUCUGCAACUAUGUCAGGAUGUUGAGAUGGGUCGGCGACGUACUCAGAGCGUUCACAGACUUCGGGGUGGCGGAGUUGGUUUCUGAUCUGAAGGUCACGUCAGAAGGAGACACUGAGAAGUUGAGGGACAGGCUGGUUGAAGCUGAGAGGACUCUGAAUGGAACUGCAAAGAGCAUCCGGGCCGCGGUGGACACGCUGUCCUCUGUAAGUCAGAGACUUUUCCCUGCCUUCAGUUUCCUCCUGCUGAUGGGCUUCACAGUGCUGCACUUGAGGAGAUAUUGCCACAACAAGAAAUAUGAAAACGUGUACAUAACCAGGACUUUCAUAAAUUUUGAUGAGAAGCAGAAGGCAGAAGGAAGGCCUCCAGUGCUCCCCCUCACACCGAAGGAGGCUAGACGCUACAUCACCAUCCCUUCCCCUCGACUCAGUGCCACGGAAGGGAAAGCCAUGCUGAAAUUCAGUUUCCCAGUGUUCACCCAUUGUCUAGCCUGGGUCUUGUUCAUAGGUGUUGAUGUACUCAUGUUCUGGUUUGUUGAGGUCAUCAGAACGCGACUUCAUGAGCUAGAGCCAUUUCAUGUUCCUUUGAUUAUGAACAUAAACGAAGACAUGACCAUUAUUGGUGUCCCCAUUUCAGAGGAGAUCAACAGGAGGGAUUUCUCCUACCAGGUGUCCAUCUUUGAGAAGAGUUGCCUUCCUAAACCUAGAUUAGUACUCUAUGACUCCAUCCUACCUCUGGUUGUGUUACUAGCUGCCCUUCUCAGCAUGGCCCUGAUGUCUGCCAAGCUCACACAGAUCAGGCUCAUGGUGUGUGAGCAGUUCUUCUCCACCAAUGCUGAGGAGAGGGUGGAGUUUCUGCAUGCUAAGAUCCUGAAGAAGAGAUCAAGAAAGGAAGGGAACAGGAAAGCUGAGGAAAGCAGUCUGAGAUCCCUCAUCAAGAAGGUCUGCAUAAUCCAGAGAUCAUUGAUAAACAUUGAUGGAGACCUUAGAAUGCCAGAUUUCUGGUGUCCAAUACUCUACAGACCACAGCAGUAUGACCCUUUUCAGCAAGCAAGCUAGACUUUCUGCUGCCACAGGAAGAAGUGAGAGACACCCUUUUUUUGUUGAAAUUGUGAAAUGUGAAUUAUGAGACACGUUACAUUAUAUAACAACUCAAAUCUAGACUAAUGACAUGUUGUCAUUGUAAAUACAUACAGUYUUUCAGUUUGUUAA